UGGUGAUCCGGUACUAUUUCCGAAGAUGGAAGAACGAAUGAUUCUUAAACAGCUGGAAAAUAAAAAACGGCUGGAAGAAUUCAAAUACUUUUUCAAUGAAAAUGGACAAUUGAGACACACCGAAACGAACCAACCAUUUGUUUUCAACCAAUACAACAAUGCAAUGAACUUGAACCACCAGUGGUACACGGCCUUUGGAACGGUUUUGGCCGAGUACGUAUACGAACUGCUAGAGAAAGAAUAUCGACUGAAACGACUCUAUAUUCCAGUAAAUGCCACAAUGGAUGAACCUAGAAGCUUUUGCUUCGUGAGCGAGGGUGCGCUGGAUAAUCCUUCAAAGUUAAUUGUUCUGCUACAAGAUCGCGGCGUUUCGCGAGCGGGUACAUGGUCCCAGCAAUUGAUUGUACAUGACUGCCUGGACACAGGCACACAAAUGCCCUACAUUAAGCAGGCUCUACGGGAGAACUAUGAAGUCAUGGUAUUAAAUCCAAACGACAACUUUAUGGCAAUUAAGACAAACGAUUCUAUGGACCCGGAAUGGGCUCAAACUGGAUUCACCUUAAAAGUUGAAAAAAAACUAGAAAUACCAAAAAGGGGGCUUGAAAGUGUGGAACAGCAUACGUUCUACGUUUGGGACCACUUUAUAUCCAAGUGUGCCCCUAUGAGUGUGGCCUUCAUUGCUCACGGAUAUGGCGGCUUGGCUGUUGUUAACCUAUUAACCGAAUAUUCAGAUGUAAUGAGCAAAGUAUAUGCUGUUGCCUUCAUUAAUUCCAAUCAUGAUGUAGAUCAUCAAAACGUUAACCUAACAGAGCGGAACUGGAUUGCAAAGAAUUGUCGUACCUGGUCACUGAGCGCCAAGCCUUUGGACAAACCUGUGGCUUCCAUGAAGAUGGAUUGUGUGCAAGUUUCCGCAGGCACCGAAAACCACGAUUUAGCACCAGCAUCUUGCUUUCACUCCAUUUUCAAGUUUUUGAAGAAAGCGUCAAAUGCACAGAAAACUAAACGAUUAACUCGGUCGCCAAUUGUUACAAGAAGUUCAAGCAAGAACAACUAA